AUGGUUGGCGGUGUUGGUGGUGGCCACUUAACUAAGGCGAGGCAUGAGGAUGAGGCGCAUGCCGGUGCGUCUCCCCAGUCCGGGGACAACGCGGCGGCUAUAGCGCAAUGGCACGGGGGCAGGCCCAUGACGCUCGCCAUCUCCAGGUUAUAUUUGAUGUUCCUCUUCUCCGCAGGACCGAGAGGGCGCUACUAUAAGCUUGCUAUAGUGAUGGAUUCUAGCAAUGACAACAUUACCUACCGCAAUCCUUGUAGGUCAAACUCCUUAACUGACCUUACAAACAUGACUUACAGCGACAAAACGAUUCUGGAUACAACUAUGAUGAGCAUUCCGGAUACUUUUCAAGAUACUAUUGGUGACGACGUACUUGAGUUAACGGAAGAAAUUAGAUUACUCAAAAAUCAAUUAUUAAGCGCACAUAAGGAAAUUGAAGAUCUAAAUACGGAAAACUUUCGCCUCAAAUCUGACCUGCAAAACAUGAUCAAAACCGUCAAUACUUAUAAGAAAAUAUGCUCGACUCCGGAAAAGAAAAGGUUAACUCCCACACGCAAGAAUAAAACUUUGCAUGAAAUAAGCUGGCCAAAGAAUACAAUCAAGGAACAUGACCAUCAAUUACUUCACAAUGAGUGCGCUGCUAGCACACAAAAUAAAGAGACACAGACGAUUUGUAAUGGUACUCUAUUAGAUGAGACCAUCGCUCCCAAUACCGAGAAAAACGACCAAGAAUAUAUUAGUACAUCUCGGCCGAUAGAUGUCGCUACUGAUACAUUACAACAGCCAUGCCGUGGUAACGUCUCCCUAUUAGAAGAGGAUAUAUGGCGGGAGCAGCAAUGUAGCGCUCAUGAUGACACUCCGUAUGGGGGGGAACUGUUCCACUGGCGAGCACACCGUGAUGACGCUGAGCCCUGUGCACUUACCUGCAGGGGAACACCACAGCACUCGGGGCAGAGCCCUGAACCUACGGUGUCCCUGGAUGACGAAGAUCGUGUGGUGGUAGCCGUGCUUGCAGCCAGGGUAUCUGAUGGCACGAGGUGCAGACCAGGCAGUCUGGAUAUGUGCAUUGAUGGGAGAUGUCAGCGCGUAGGCUGUGAUCUCCGAGUGGGGUCUACACGACGAGUGGACGAGUGCGGUGUUUGUGGUGGCGACGGUUCCUCCUGCUCCCGUCCCCGGUACCACUGGCUGGCAACUCCAGGGUCUUUGUGCUCUGCUACUUGUGGUGGAGGAUACAAGAUGUCGCUAGCUGUAUGCCGGGACCGCUUGACAGGGUCUGAUGCUCCAGAGCAGCUGUGUGAUGCCUCCAGCAAGCCUCAGGCCUCAGUCGUCAGGUGUAACACGCAUCCAUGUCCAUUCAAAUGGUACGUCGGCGAGUGGUCGUCGUGCAGCGUGACCUGCGGCGGCGGCGUGCGUUCACGCCGUGUCCUCUGCGCGAGAUCUGCAAAUGUCACUAAGACUGAUACUUACGAACCUGGCACGAACUCGGAGCCAGGCUGCGUGUCUCCAGCGCCACGAGCUACACAACCAUGUAACCAACACGACUGUCCCGUCUGGGUGGCAGGACCUUGGUCUGGGUGCUCAGUGUCAUGCGGCGAAGGUGUGCAAGUUCGAGGUGUCGAAUGCACGCCAUCUGGUGGCGGGUGUGAUCCAACUACAAGACCUGAGAUAUCACGACCAUGCUCCACGGGCAUCAGCUGCCCAGCUUACAGAGAAUCUGAUGAACCUGAGGAUGAAAUCGAAGACCUGCUCCCAGGAGUGGUCUACCACACCCAGCCGUUGAUACAGCCGUAUCCGAUGCCACAAGCGAAAGCUGAACGUCUUAUCGGAGACCCUGAUGUACCGGUUGAGGCAACUUACAUCAAAGACGAUGAUUGGGGUCCAUGCAGUGUGACCUGUGGAGAAGGUUGGAGGAAGAAGGAGGUCCAUUGCAAGAUAUUCUUGGAGUUUAGUAGAACUAUUGCAAAGCUACCUGACAGCAAGUGCUUGGGGCCUAAACCUACAGAAGAAACGGAGAGAUGCGUCAUGGAACCAUGCUCCAUGGCUUAUGGGACCUCGUUUGGAGAUUCCAGCGUGCCAUCAUAUGGUGGUAGCGGCGGUGAUAGGUGA